CGGUUUUCCUUUUCCCUUCCCUUUGCCUUCUUUGACCUUUGUUUUCAUUCCUUCCUUUUUCUGGUGUUUUUUCUGUUACUUCUUUCUUCUUGUUUCUGUUAUCUCGGACUACAAAAAUAUCUUCAGCACAAACGAUUUAAUGGCAACGAUCUCUUACACAUCGCUGAGCACUUUCAACACAGGCAACCCUAACAAUAGCAACAGCACAAGCAACCAGAUCCUAAACAGCGACAUUCUUGUCGGCAACACCGAUGAGAUAGCAGUACUAGCAAAGCUCUUUCCCUUCUCGCCUGAGAUCACUGAGAAGAUCAUCGGCUACGCAUACUACCUCGAUUCGCCGCAUGUAACUACUGAUAAUUAUGUGGCUCAUGGUAUUACAUACGAAGAUUACGAAAAUAGCGCCAGCAGCAGGAAAAUGCUCAAGACAGCGGUUUCCAGCAGCGCCUCAAAUGUCACUAGAGGGAGGUACUCCAACUUGAGCAACUUGAUGCUAGUUAAUAGUGGGUUUUACUUUUUUUGCCUGCAGUACCAGUACAAAUACUGUAGCUUCAUCAGAUCCUUUAGCUUCCACAAGUUUUUGCUCAACUUGCUCAAAUCAAACGAACUUGGUUAUUAUGUUGAGUACCUGGAUUUCCAAGAAUUCACAGCAGUUGGUUUAGGUAAAUCCGUCGAAUCCAUCUUCAAGAUUCCGAACUUGACAAGCGUGACCCUUUUGAAGUGCUUGCAACUCUGCUCCAUGAACUUGAAGACUUUACUUCUCAACGAAAGUAUUGACAGCGACAUCAGUUUUGAAGUUUUGGACUUUAUUUUCAACGAUCUGAAGAAUUUGAAAUCGUUAGAUUUCUGUGGUUGUUCCAAUGAAAACCUUAUCUCGUAUUUCGACAAACUUACGAUCAACAACGAAAAUUUGAAACUAGAAAAAUUAUCAUUCCAUGAAUGCUUGCAUCUACCAACCACAACAUAUAGCAAAAUUCUCCCAUUCAUUCCAAAUUUGAAAAGACUCGAUUUAUCCCACACCCAGGUUACCUUGAAGACCUUGAACCAGUUUUUGAACAAAAAAAUUAGGUUGACACAUCUUUCGCUACGCAAAUGCUCCCACCUCGGUACUUUCACGGAGUUCAUGAGAUUUUUGAAGCAUCCUGCGAUUUGUGGAAGCAAUGAGGACGACUUCGAAUAUGAAAGAGAUGACAAGGACAACGACGAUUACAGUGAAAAGUUCCAGCUACGUUGGCUCAAUAUUCAACAAUGUUUUUCCAGUGACGUUCUAACAAAUGAAAAACUCAACAGCAUUCUAGACAUUAUAGCAGCUGGUGCACCUGCUUUGAGGUACUUGAAUUUGAACGGUUUUGCAAAUUUGAACGGUGAGCACGUCAGAAAAAUUACUGAAAGCUUCAAAGAGUUAGAAAGCUUGAAUAUUUCGGACGUUAAUCUGAAUUUUUCAGAUGCGCAUGAUUUGGAAAUCAUCAAGGAGUUGAAUUCGUUAAAAAAUUUGAAAUUUUUAGACGUUUCUUCAAGUGUUUGGAGUUUCGAGAAAUUAAAGAAUCUUAUCACGGAACUUGAUUUUGUACAAGCGAUUGAAAUCAAACCAGUGUUGAGUGACAAACUAUCGCACCUCCUUACUUUCAGCAGGAUCGAUGAAUCCGGCGAUUACAGCGAAGAAUACUGGAGAGCUUAUAACAAUAAAGGCACAUCAAGAAGAUGUUGGAUUCACAAGGUUAAGUCAGUAGAAGAGAGCAUCCUAAUCGAUAAUUAUGAGACUGAGCAGGCUGGAGGCAGAUUGGUGGAGUGGGAUAUCAACAGCGGUGACUUGCUGUUAAACAAAGUUAAAAAAGUUGACUGGCUCGGUUUAGCCAGUGUUAAAAUAAACUGUUGUGAGGACAUAGAUUAUCCGUUACAAGAUGAGGAUUUUGGCAACGAUUUAUCUGUCCGUGGGUUAUACAAGUAUUAUUCAUUAAAGGUUUGAGCCUCUGCUUUUGUUGAAUAGUUUCGCAUACUACGUAUAAGUAUUUAUAAAGCCUUUUUCGGCCGUUUAAUAGUAAAAGCAUUUAAAAAUUAGAAACGGGAC